AUGGGAAGUGGCGCAGACGUGGAGGAUGCGUUGAAGGACGAGAAGAACCCUCCCCCUCUGGAUGAAGACGAUAUCGCACUCCUCAAGACUUAUGGUUUAGGACCUUAUUCUACGAGUAUAAAGAAAGCAGAGAAGGAAAUUAAGGAAAUGGCGAAGAAAGUCAACGAUUUGUGCGGUAUCAAGGAGUCUGAUACUGGUUUAGCUGCACCAAGCCAAUGGGAUCUUGUUUCUGACAAGCAAAUGAUGCAAGAGGAGCAGCCCCUUCAGGUUGCUAGGUGCACCAAGAUAAUAAGUCCAAACACCGAAGAUGCCAAAUAUGUGAUAAAUGUUAAGCAAAUUGCCAAGUUUGUUGUUGGGCUGGGCGACAAGGUUUCCCCUACUGAUAUAGAAGAAGGCAUGCGUGUGGGGGUCGAUCGCAACAAAUAUCAGAUACAGAUUCCUCUGCCUCCCAAAAUUGAUCCAAGUGUGACCAUGAUGACAGUAGAGGAGAAGCCAGAUGUGACAUAUAAUGAUGUUGGUGGAUGUAAAGAGCAGAUUGAAAGGAUGCGAGAGGUUGUCGAGCUGCCAAUGCUACACCCUGAGAAAUUUGUAAAGCUUGGAAUUGAUCCUCCUAAGGGUGUUCUCUGCUAUGGUCCUCCUGGAACUGGUAAAACACUUUUAGCCAGAGCUGUGGCUAAUAGAACUGAUGCUUGUUUCAUUCGGGUUAUAGGAAGCGAGCUUGUUCAAAAAUAUGUAGGCGAGGGAGCCCGGAUGGUCCGCGAACUUUUUCAGAUGGCACGUUCAAAGAAGGCUUGCAUUGUGUUCUUUGAUGAAAUUGAUGCCAUAGGAGGUGCACGAUUUGAUGAUGGUGUAGGUGGAGACAAUGAAGUUCAGCGUACAAUGCUUGAAAUUGUUAAUCAACUUGAUGGGUUUGAUGCCCGUGGAAACAUCAAAGUUCUUAUGGCAACAAACAGGCCUGACACUCUAGAUCCAGCAUUGUUACGUCCUGGACGAUUAGAUCGUAAGGUUGAAUUCGGCCUUCCAGAUUUGGAGAGUAGGGCACAGAUAUUUAAGAUCCAUACCCGAACAAUGAACUGUGAAAGGGAUAUCCGGUUUGAGCUUUUGGCUCGGCUCUGCCCAAAUUCAACAGGAGCGGACAUUAGAAGUGUAUGUACUGAAGCUGGAAUGUUUGCAAUUCGAGCCCGGCGGAAGACAGUAACAGAGAAGGACUUCCUUGAUGCAGUAAACAAAGUGAUUAAGGGAUACCAAAAGUUCAGCGCAACUCCGAAAUAUAUGGUGUACAAUUGA